AUGCCCGGGGGAUCUGGAGGUUACUCUGCCCGAGGACGGGCAACAACGCGGCGAGGAUACCCCUACGGUGGACUAGGAGGCUAUCCAUUUGGAGGAUACCCCUAUGGAGGCUCUGGGGUAUAUCCGUACGGCGGAGUCGGAGGACCAAUGCCUGCAGGACCUGGAGGAUUUCCAUUUGGGGGGAGAUGUGGGAGACUAGAGGACGCAUGCAGGAGACUGGGUCGGACAGCCGCAGAUGACCGGAGGAAUCUGCAGGAUUCCGCAUUCGGGGGAAAUGGGCAGGACCCAAAUGCAGGAGCGACAAUGCUGGAGGACCUGCAGCGACCAAUGACGGAGAGGGACCUGUGA